GAUAGAGGAAGAAACUGUAUUCCAUUUUCUAUCUUCCAGAACGGUUCACUAGUUGCAAUUACACAUCUACCCUCGAAAUCCAUAGAAAAUCCCAAUCUAUGUUCAUCGUCCUCUUGUUCGUAUUCGACUUUGUAAAUUGAUUGAAUCUUGAAGCCGCAGCACAAUACCAUAUAUAAUUACUCUCGAUGCAUUACUUAAUCAUUUGAUUCUAUUAAGCUGCGAUCAUAUCCGAUCGCCGAAUACGAUUCAUUUGUUUCCGGAUUCGCAUCUAUUAAUUUAAUUGCUCUUUGAUUACAAAACACACACGGAGACAGAUAGUUUGUAACAGGAUAUGAACGGUGGUGUUGGAGAGGUCGCGGCAGCUCCGGCGGGUCCACUACCACCGCUAGAGUGGAAAUUUUCUCAGGUGUUCGGUGAACGUACCGCCGGCGAGGAAGUUCAGGAAGUUGAUAUUAUAUCAGCUAUUGAGUUCGAUAAAUCUGGUGACCAUCUUGCUACUGGUGAUCGUGGGGGUAGAGUAGUGUUAUUUGAAAGGACUGACACAAAAGAGCAUGGUAGUAGCAGAAAGGAUUUGGAGAAGAUAGAUUAUCCGGUCAGUAGGCAUCCAGAGUUUCGCUACAAGACCGAGUUUCAGAGCCAUGAACCAGAGUUUGAUUAUCUAAAGAGUUUAGAGAUCGAGGAGAAAAUCAACAAAAUUAGAUGGUGCCAAACAGCCAAUGGUGCAUUAUUUCUUUUGUCUACUAACGACAAGACCAUUAAGUACUGGAAGGUUCAAGAGAGAAAGGUCAAAAAGAUCUCUGAGAUGAACUUGGACCUUGCUAAAAGUACUGGGAACAGUUCUAGUGUUUCUUCCAGCCAAAGCUCGUAUCUUGCAAAUGGAGGAUGUUCAGAUACACCAAACAAUCAAUUUUCGUUCCCUCCAGGGGGGAUUCCAUCCCUUCGUUUGCCUGUGGUGACGAGCAAUGAGACCAGCCUCAUGGCACGAUGUAGAAGAGUAUAUGCCCAUGCACAUGACUAUCAUAUUAACUCAAUUUCAAAUAACAGUGAUGGGGAAACAUUUGUUUCAGCGGAUGAUUUGCGGAUAAAUUUAUGGAACUUAGAAAUAAGUAAUCAGAGUUUCAAUAUUGUUGAUGUGAAACCUGCAAAUAUGGAGGAUCUAACUGAGGUGAUAACCUCAGCAGAGUUUCAUCCUACGCAUUGCAACACGUUGGCAUAUAGUAGCUCGAAAGGGUCGAUUCGUCUUAUUGAUUUGCGACAAUCAGCUUUGUGCGACACGCAUUGUAAACUAUUCGAAGAACCGGAAGCACCUGGUACAAGAUCUUUUUUCACUGAGAUAAUCGCCUCUAUUUCUGAUAUUAAGUUUGGAAAAGAAGGAAGAUAUAUCUUAAGUCGUGAUUAUAUGACCCUUAAGUUGUGGGAUAUCAAUAUGGAUUCGGGCCCAGUUUCAACCUUCCAGGUUCACGAGUAUCUAAGACCAAAGCUAUGUGAUUUAUAUGAAAAUGACUCCAUCUUUGAUAAAUUUGAGUGUUGCUUAAGCGGAGAUGGUCAGCGGGUAGCAACUGGUUCUUACAGUAAUUUGUUCCGAGUGUUUGGAUCUAUCGAUGGUAGUACUGAAGCAACUACGUUGGAAGCUAGCAAAAAUCCCAUGAGGCGACAAGUUCAGACACCUGCUAGGCCUACUAGAUCCUUGAGCAGCAGUUUAACUCGUGUUGUUAGACGAGGUGCUGAAAGCCCAGGAGUUGAUGCCAAUGGAAAUUCAUUUGAUUUCACAACCAAGUUGCUCCAUUUGGCAUGGCAUCCUAGUGAAAACUCAAUAGCAUGUGCUGCUGCAAACAGUUUGUAUAUGUAUUAUGCAUAGAAAUGGGUCCAGAUCGGAAGUUAUAUCACUUGGGUUCACAAUUCGGUUUUGGCUGGAGAGCUUUUUCCCCACACAUUUUGAGGUUUCUCCUUGCGCAUUCAACUGCCCCGUAAAAAAAAAAAAAAUAGGAAGUGCCCGUAAUGUUGAUGACGAAGAGAGUAGGCUGUCAUUGAAAUUGGGAAACAACUUAUAAACAAUCAUCUCAAUCCUUCCAAUCUACUUCCAGCUAUUUUAUCUUUACCUUUGUGCGUGAGCACAUAUGCAUUCGCCUUGUCAUUUUGGGUUGAAGUGAGGAAUUAGAAUGACAUGUAGCUCUCCUACACCCAUAAAAUGAGGAUGUAACCAGUAACUUUUGGGUUGAACAUAUAUUGCAAUCUUGUGGGAAGAUCUGGCUGCUAACUUGCAGGGCAUCUAGUUUAUCGUAUUACUCUGAUACUAUUAAACCUAAUAGGAUUAUUAUACUUCCUUUUUUUUUUUUAGUUAUAGAUUUGUCGUUAUUUUUCCUUUUCAUUAUUGUUUUGUACAAGGAAAUUAAAUGGCUAGCUCUUAUAUUAUUCUUUA